AUGUCACGUUAUCAGCUUUUGCAAGAAGUGGUUGGGUUGACGUUGAUUAAAGGUGAUGAUCGUAUUGAUCGAUCAGCAAUUAUAGCUGCUAUUGGUAAAAUUGUACCAGUGGCAGAUUUAGAAUCAUUCGAUAAUUUAGGUGACCAAAACAAAUGGUUUAUUAUUUUUAAAACAAAUUUAUCUAAAAUGAAAUUUUUAGAAUUAGAAAAUUUAUUAGUAAAUGAACAAACAUUUGCCAUUCAUAAACCUUAUCGUGAAGUUAAAUUAAUUCGUUUAGUCAACGUACCAACAGCUAUCUCCGAUGAUUAUAUUCGAGAUAUCACAUCGAAAUGGGGCGGUACAGUUAUUAAUAUUGAAUGUGAAACUUUACCGCGCCCAUAUUCUAAUAUUAAAACUAAGGGGGAAAAAGCGGAUCCCCAAGAUCCCCAAUCCCAAGAAAUCCCAUGGGGAUCCCAUGGGGAUCCAAAAAUCCCAUGGGGAUCCGAAAAUCCCAUGGGGAUCCGAAAAUCCCAUGGGGAUCCCACAGGGAUCCGGUUAAAAUACCAGCAAUCUGGUUAA